AUUCUGGAUCCAAAGUGACAGCCGGAGGGGGGAGAAGAGGAGGAGAAAGGGCCGGGAGAGGGAGGGGACAGCCCAGCCCCUGCUCCCCUUCCUUUCCUUUCCCUCCCCUCCCUUCUCCACCUCGACCUGACAUCUGCACAAACCCACAGAUCCUUCCAGCUGUUGUCACCUUCCAGCUGUUUCGCUCCUUUUGGAUGCCAUGGGGAACAGCUUCUCCAGUAUCCCAGCUUUGCCUCGGGGCAACCCCAGCAGGUUCCACAGAGUCCACCAUCAGCAUCUCAAAGACUCUAUAGGUGGGCCUUUUCCUUCUUCCUCUCACCGAUGCCACCACAAGCAAAAGCACUGUUUGCCCAUCCCACAGUGUGGCACUCUCUCAAUCAGUCCACUCUUGUUCCAUCCACAUACCAAAGGAUCGCAGAUCAUCAUGGAUACCACACAGAAGGCGGUCAAGCGCCAGGCCAGCUUCUGCAAUGCCAUCACCUUCAGCAAUAGGCCAAUUGUUAUCUAUGAGCAAGUCAGGCUCAAGAUCACAAAGAAGCAGUGUUGUUGGAGCGGCGCUCUUCGCCUUGGAUUUACUGCCAAGGAUCCUUCCAGGAUUAACCCGGAAACCUUGCCCAAAUACGCGUGUCCAGAUUUGGUUUCUCAAAGUGGAUUCUGGGCAAAGGCCCUCCCAGAAGAGUUUGCCAAUGAAGGAAAUAUCAUAGCAUUCUGGGUGGACAAAAAGGGACGUGUGUUUUAUCGAGUUAAUGACUCUGCUGCAAUGCUGUUCUUCAGUGGGGUGAGGACCACUGAGCCACUGUGGGCUCUGAUCGAUGUCUAUGGACUCACUCGUGGGGUGCAACUACUAGACAGUGAAAUUAUUCCUCCUGAUUGCCUCCGUCCAAGAUCUUUCACGGCUAUCCGCCGUCCCUCACUUCGCAGAGAGACCGAGGACACCCGAUUGUCUGUGAGCCUUUGUGAUCUCAACCUCCAGGAGGAGAACUUCCAUGUCAUGGCUGCCAUGUGUCCCAUCCCUCAGAACUCUCUCAACUCUCAACAUUCCCAUCUUCUCCCAUCCCAACUCGAAAGUGAUCUCCGUUUCCACCAGCUCAGGGGAGCUCAUAUCAAGAUUCUGGAUGACCAGACAGUGGCUCGUCUGGAGCAUGCUCGGGAUGAGAGAACUUUGGUUUUUACUAGCAGGCCCCUUAAGAUAAAUGAAACUAUAUUUGUCAAAAUUAACAAAUCAAACACCUCACGUACUGGAACACUCUCCUAUGGAGUGACCACUUGUGAUCCAAGCACCCUGAGGCCCAGUGACCUUCCUUAUAAUCCAGAGUCUUUAGUUGAUAGAAAAGAGUUCUGGGCGGUUUGUAGAGUGUUGGUGCCUCUCCAGAGUGGAGACAUUUUGGGUUUCAUGGUGAAUUCAGAAGGUGAACUGCAUUUGAGCCACAAUGGAGCAAGUGCCGGCAUGCAGGUCUGCGUGGACUGUUCCCAGCCACUGUGGAUGUUCUUCGGUUUACAUGGAGCAGUGAUGCAAAUCCGUGUCCUGGGUUCCACUCUCACUGCUGAGCGGCUGGGCCCAUCUGUAUCAAGCUCACCCACUUCAUCUCCAAACUCACCCUCCAUCCUCUGCAGCGGAGUUUCUGAUCCUAUUCUGAGUGCUUGUGGUUCUGGCCCGCUUGGCAGCUCAACUGGCGGCACUGCUCCCAACUCUCCAGUCAGCAUGCCAGAAUCCCCUCUGUCCCCUUCCGUCUCAGGGUCCUGGAAUGACGAGUGCACUAUCUGCUAUGAGAACAUGGUAGACACCGUGAUUUACUCCUGUGGACAUAUGUGCCUGUGCUAUACAUGUGGGCUCAAACUCAAGAAGAUGGCCAAUGCGUGUUGUCCAAUCUGUAGACGUGCCAUCAAGGACAUCAUCAAGACCUAUCGUAGCACCUAGAAAAGCAUGUCAUAAAGGGUAGGGGCUGGGGAGAUCUGCUUUAUGACAUUGAGUGAGGGUAGGUGGGAAAGGGUUAAUCUAGCAGUCUGUUUCCCCUGUUCUCACACAUGUCAUGCAUUCUGAACUUUGCUGCAUGUGGGCAAACCUCAGUUUCUUCCUUCUCAGUUACCUAGCAAAGAGUCACUGCCAGCCCUGAGAUGUAUAGCCACCAAGAAAGGAUGGAUGUCAUGCCCCCUUCUUUCCCUGCACCUCCCCCCUUUCCCUCUUUUUGGAUGCUACAAGAAGCAAACAAGGGAUGGUUGCAAAAUAGUCAUAUUAUGCUUGGGCAUGGUAUUAUAGCCAGUUUGGAAGACCAAUACAAUGGAAACGAAAAAUAUCAUUUGAACACUAAAAUCACUUUGGGGAACAGGAAAGCCCCACCUGGAAAUGUUCUUCCUCAGUUUCCAGCCAUCUGGUGUGGCUAGAGCAGUGGUUAACUGUUUCCUCAACAGCCAUCAAUGGCAACUGGACCACUCUCCCCACAUACAUAUCAAUUGUAUGCUGCCUUUGGCUAUAUUUUCUGCACGGUGCUGCUGAUGGCAUGGGGAGGGGGCUGUUAUUUUACAACCUUCCCAUUCUACUUUCCACAUGUACUCCCUUUCCUCCCUUUCCAGUCUGCAACUCCCCUCCCCACCCCUCCCUUGGUAGCAGCUGGUUUUAUUCCUGCACAUAUCACCAGUCCCUUCAUCCUUGGAUUCUGUUCUGUUGCCUCUUUUUCUCUCCUCCUCCACCACCUUUCUUGAAAACGGCAUCAGGGGCUGGAUUCAAAGGCCAAAGGAGUUCCUUUCACACCUGCUUUCUAAAAUCAUGGAGCUCAUUAGAAGCCAUAAGGACAAAGGUGCACAGAGGCUUUUCAGCAAGCCAUUGGACAUCUGCCUCAACUUAGAAAGGAAGGAAAAUUGCUAGUAAUUUAAGAACUUCUGGCCAAAGUGAAUGUGUAACACAGAAUUUGAUGUAUUUAGCUACAGAGAGAGAGAGAGAGAGAGAGAGAGAGAGAGAGAGAGAGAGAGAGAGAGAGAGAGAGAGAGAGAGAGAGAGAGACUGGAACUGAAAGUGGGGAUUUUUGUUGCUUUUUUGUGCUUGCUUGGUUUAAUGAAGGAUUCUGAAGGCACUCUUCCCAUCAUGUGAAGAACCAUCGUCCUGGCUUCUUUUGCUUCCACUGCUGUGAAUAUGUCUGGUGUGACUGCAUUCUUGGUGUUUUCAUUCAGUGCCUGCUACAGCAUAUUAUGCCGGGAUGGACAAGCACAAUGCCUCAUUCUUCACUGGCACACUAUUUUCUCUCCUUCCUUAGGCUAAACCAGGACCUGCAGCUUCAUCACUACUUAACUCUAAAUGGAUUUGCCACAUUUGAAAUGCCACAGACCAUCAUGGUCGGGAGAAAUCCACAACCAAACUCAGUGUGUUUGAGGAGAGGAGAAUUUUUGGGUUGAGUUUGAUGCUAAGCUGUAGUUGCAGUUAAUUAGUACACAGACAUAGAGAGGGGACUAUCAGGGGAAGGGGGUUAGUAGUAGUGGGACUUUUACCCCCUCUCCAAAGUGACUGCACUGAGAAUGCAGUGUAGCAAUCCUACCCAUGGGCAAAAAGACUUUGAGCUUGUUCUUAGACAGAAAUAGAGGGACUGAGGUAUUUCCAGUCAGAUAACUGAUCCUGCCUCCUGAAUUGGACUGAACUUCCCAGUUCCAAUCCUCCAAAUACAUGAAUUGCUGCAGUCAGCACUGGUUUCUUCCAGCACAUCCAGGUUAGAGUAGUGCUGAUCUGCAUGCUUGGUUUUCCAGGCUCACCAAAGAGGUUGUCCUGAAGAAACCAGAAUUCUUUCCUUUUUCAGACACUUGCAGCUGCAUCUUUCAGUUUUGCUCUGAGACUCAGGAAUCCAAUGUUAAGGCAGGCAGUGAAGCUGGUAAGAGACCUGCCUCCUCUUGAUAUUUUCCCCUUCUGCUGCCAAUCUCUUCACGAAAAAUACAUCUGUUUGGGUCUACUCGCAUGCCUGCCUGUGCAUGUUACAAGCUUGCCCAUUUUGACUCCCAGUCCUAGUAGUAAGAAGCAUUCACUGCCAUAGGUUGCAUUCAGAUUCUGGAAUAUUUCUGUGAAUGCAAUUGUGCAUGGUUGGAUCUAGAUUAAUUUUUCCACUGAACUUUCUUGCAUUCUCUCCUUCCCACUGCAGCCCACUGACCUCAAAAUGCUACUCCUGGAAAACAGGGAAUCCUUAGGAUCAGCAUGAGAGGCAGAGGGGUAGGGUGUAUGUGUGGCAGCCUACUCCUGAUAGUGGAAGUUUGAGUCUGGAUACAACCCAGCAUUGUAUGUGACCAGUUCAUUACAUGCUGGAAGACAAAGUGCACAGGCAUUUCAGGCAUUUGUUUGUAAUUAUUAUGCCGGUAGGCAUCUACCAAUAUAAUACAGAUUGUGCAAGCUGUUGGGACACAGUUCAAGAGAACAUCUGAGCUGGUGACUUGUUGAAGUAACACUUGCAUGAAGAAGACUUAUAGGUGGGCCCAUUAUAAUCCAGAAACGGGAACCUAAGAGUUCACACUGGGCUUGACUCAGAAAAAGUCCGCAACAGCCCAAAGGAAUCUUCCUUUGACUGAGAUAUGCCCAUCUGUACUUGCUAACUGCACUCUGAUUUUUUAAUAACUUUGCAUCUCAUCCAUAGCAUGUAGCUGGUACCUGUGACAUCAAGAGUAUGCAAUAAAACAUGUUUAAGAGAGAACCAGCACCCAAGCCUGUGCCUGUCCCUAAGAAGACCAGGUGUAGAUGGGACAGGAAUCCAUCUUGCCAUAUCCAUUGGCAAGUAGGACCUUGAGAAUUAACUUGUACCACUCACCUCGAAAACCUUUCCUACUCCAGCAUCUUAAAAUCAUCUGAACCUGGAUCUAGCAAGGUUACACUCCUGUUCAGGUCAUCACAGUAAUACCAAUGUAUGGAUCUGAGGAGUACACUUUUUCUCUUCAUGAUGUCCUAUAAAAGUUGAGGGGAGUAAGUUGAUAUGAGAAUCACAACCUUGGGUUGCAGCUCUGUGCACACUUACUGGAGAAUAAACCCUACAAAAAUCAGUGGGACUUACUUCUGAAUAACUCAUUUCAUGGAGGCUAGUGACAGGAUAAAAACUACUAGCUGCUAAACAACAUAGGUAUUUGUGGAGGGUGGGAGAGUAAUGGUAACUUCAUAAAAGUAUUGUAAAUUAUUUGGAGAAGAUGUAGGGAUGGUACUGCCAGAAUUUUUCUGCAACACAUGUUCAUCCUGAUUCAGUGAGCUGUCUGCAGUUGUGAAAGAAUAUGUAACUUCUCCACUUGGAACAGUUUUUCCGCCCUAAUAAAUCAAUGGGGUAUCUGGCAGUCACAGAAGCCUUGAAUGGCCUGUGAUAUACAUGCUGGGCUUUGGGCUCCAAAUACAUAGAUAGGUAACCUGGGGACACAAUCAGUGAUCAAGCAUCAAGUGGCCAGAUAUUGGUCUAGGAUGUCAGUGGAGAAAGAAACUAUGGCAAUUCAAAUAAUCUCUUACCUUUUAUACAUUUUGAUUGUGACAUAUCCACAGGGGGGAAAUGGGAAGAAGCAAUGCAAUAUUUUAGAGGUAGAGAUAAUGGAAUUACAUAAUCUGAGGUUUCCAGCACAAAGAACAUCCCCUGGCCUCAUCAAAUUGUUACCAUUUGGUAUUUACAUGUUUCUAUAAUGUAUUUUAAUAAGAAAAAGUGUUUUGGGGAGUUUCAUCCCAGGUUUUUUUCUUGGAUAAUGUUCCAUGGAAAACCAGCGACCUGAGCCUGUGUAAGAAUUAUGUUUUUCAUAGUUAAAAUGUUGUAUAUAGUUGAUGCUGCUAUUGUGCAUGAAGAAAAAUAUUUCUGCCAGAGGAGAUAUUUGCUAGAAAAUACAUUUAUUAAAACCCCUUUGGACAUCAUUACUAGAGGAGACACACAUACAGUAGUAACUGUAAUAAGAACAGAAUAUCUGAACAUCCUACCAGGUGAAAAUGCUGUUUUUUCUUGAAAGUCUGAUUAGCUGGCUCAGAUUCUAAAAUUCACAUCAACUUGUGGAGUACAUGCACCUCUUCACUGAACUGGUGUAGUCAAAACUGGCAACCUAAAUCUCCUGUCUGACAGACAGGGGCAUGGACUUAAAGUUGUAUUUCCCCUAACUAAUGGGGAUGGCAACCAACGGCUUUAUCAACCCAAGUCAGUUUAAGGAACCUCCAUCCAGUACCUGAGCACUUGUCUGCAAGGACAAAUGUACACAAUUAAGUCAUUACCAUUAUGUAGCAAGUGGUGGUGGCCUUCAGCCUACCAAGUUGUUGGCAGUUGAACUGACCAGCUAUUAUUGUUUGCUAAAAAGUGAAAUAUUUCAGGUAAAAAACCAAAAAUAUUUCCUUCCUUCCCAACAACAGCCAAUAACACCUAAUAAAAGGGAUGAGCCAAAUAACUGCAUGUUUGUAAUGAACCAAAUCAAGGGCAUAAAUUACUUGUGUCACUGAAGUACACAAGAGAUAGGCUCCUGAAAAUAGUGAAGGAAAGAUUUUGCGUUGGCUGGUAAAUAGUCAAGCCUUUGAACAACAAAAAAUUGACUCCAGAAACCCAAAAUGGGUAGGGUGAAGAAACUGUGCAAGUGUUCAGGAGGACAGAGCAGGGACCAGCCUACAGGUUACUUGAACCAUGUUGCUACAUGAAUGAGUCUGGAAAGAACUUUGCACUUCCUAGAAACAACAGAGCUUAUUCUUCCCUUAUGAACCAAGAUUGCACAUCAUUGCUUGUCUCCCAGUUUGUCAUCACUGUUAGCUGGGCAAACCCAUACUGUAGUUGGUUUAUUUGGAUCUGGUUGCAAAAGAGACCUGGGAGACUGAAGUUCUAAUCCCCACUGAGCCACAAUGGCCACUGGACAGCCUGGGACAAGUUUCUCCCUGGUUGUUGUAAGGACAAAAUGGGGGAGGGGAGGGUUGACCAUAUACUUUGUCCUGAGUUUCUUAGGAGGAGUGGAAGAAAAUGUCAAUUGAAAAAAUGAACUAAUUAAUUAGCUUGUGGUGUCUGAAUUAGUGAGAGGGAGAACCAGGGAUCAUGCAGUGAGGCAGAGGAUUUUCACAGUUUGUUCCUACAGACCCUGUGGCAUUAUAGAUAACCCAAACCCACAUUUCAGGACCAUGGGAGUGGGAAAUUGGUAAUAGAAGACAAUAUAAAUACCUUCAUAUUAGUGGUGGAAUGUGGCUUUCUUUGUGAAAGUAAACUUGUCAGAUAGAAUUGCAAGAUACAAGCUCAGAUCCACCAGUCAUCACAGAUUAGCUGAACUGCCAUCACAGAUUAGCUAACCCGGUCAAGAAAGCGGGCCGGGAUUUGUCGGUAUCCACCACAGCUCAAGUGUCUUUAGCUAAAGCAUUUUUCAGUGUUCAAUCAGUACUAUUUCCUCCUUUCCUUUUCCUCCAGUAGCACAUAUUUUGGCUCAGGAUGACACUCACUGAUGGAUCAAGAUGGGUCCUUCAUUUCCCUUCUACUGAGCUUUAGGGUGUUGAUAAAUGUGUUGAGGACCAAAUUUUAGGAGGCUAGCAGAAGCUGCAAAGGAAGGCCCUUCAAAUGGGAGAGGACCAUUAGCAUAGAAGAAUUUGAAUUUCAUUUUUCUCUGUGUUCACAUGUAAGAUCCAGAGUAAUUCAUGUGGUUCAAUGUUUCAAAUGAAAAAAUUAUCUUUUAAUUGCUUGAUUUAAACAGAAGAAAGGUUUUGUGUUCUGUUUAUAUAAAAGAGACUUAUUUCAUCCAGUGUGACAAUUGGAUAACUGUGAUUGUGAAUAAAGUUGAUUUAGGUAUUCCAUGGAGGUGCAUGUAUGAGCUAUGUGAGAAGGGGUGCUUUUGAAAGUCCACGUCUGUAUUUGUCUGACAUUUGGAGCUCUACUUUUGGGCAGAGCAUUGUGGGUGCUCAGUUUGCUACAGCUUUCAUUUGUUUUGCUCUCUUUUCUCCCCUCCAACAAAUGCAUUAUGUGAUUGUACAAUCACUUGAAUGAUUAAUGACAAUAAGAUAGUAUUUAAGUGCCAAAAUAUAUUGCAACAAUUUUUCACAAAUAUUCCCUCAUAUGUAAUAAGUGAAUAACUGUGAUUGUGACUAAAAUUGAUGGAGGAUCACUUCAUCAGAUACAUGAAGGGUUUAUGGAUGAGGCAAGAACAUUUAUACUAAAAGCUGCAAACAGGAAGGAAGUGUGUGUCUUUGUGUGGGGGGAGGGGUAUUGCAAAGAAACAAUAGUUUACAACAGGAGCCAAGCAAAAGAGUUUCCAUUCUAUUUUACUGCCAUUCUCUUUGACUAGUCUCAGUCUGUAACAUCUGUUCUCUCUGCCACCACCUCUGUUUGCUGCUUUCAGUAUAAAUAUAACGGCCUAGUAGAUGAAUACUUCAUGUAGCUGCUAAAAUGAGCUGUGAUGGCUUAGGCUGAAACAGAUUUUUUUUUGGUCUAAAGAUGCCACCAGGUUCCUGUUUUAUUUUACUGCUAUAGGCUAACAUAGAUGCACAUCUAGAGUAAUCAACAUGAAAUGAAGGAAGAUAUUCCCUCAGUUACCAUGGAAUUGAGGAGAGGUGAAAUGCAGGGCAUACUGAAAUAUAGAACAAUAAUUAGUGGAACUGGAGGGGGGGUGAAAGGGAAUGGUCUUAGCUCUACAUUGACUGACUUCAAAAGGUGAAUGAAGGCUAUCAUGCAACAGUCCAUAAACCCAGAGGCUAAUCAAGUAUGUGAUGUAAUGAAGAUAGCUAUCCUCUGUCCAUUCAAAAAUGGAUGAUCCUACUUCUGCAUAAUGUUAAAACUUCUAUUGUCUUAUCUUGCAUGGGAAAGUUCUUGCUUUUGCUUGAGAGGCCCAGCUAGAUACUGCUCUGUGUUGGACUAUAGCAGCAAAAAUUAGACUUUCUGAAAGUUAUGCUGGAAUAAGUAAGGUUAGUGGACAUUGAGUAAUAAAGUCCAAAAUGGAACAUUCUAUUCUAAUUAAUUUUGCAGUCUGAGUAAGUCUUAACUGUCAAUAAGAGUCAAAUCUCACUGUUCUGGUACUUUGCUGCCUGUUUUAUGGUUCCAGAGUACAGGGAAAGAGGAAGAUAACAGGUACAUGGCAAAUAUUUAUGAAUCAAUUGAGUUACACAGUAUGCACCAAAUGGCAGCUAAACCCUGCUUCCUUGUGUAUCUUUCUGCACUUCAUUUCAUGUUUUACAGUGUUUUUCUUUCUGCCUGCUGCUUAUGUUCAAACCCUAUUUGGAUGAUCCUACUUGGGUCAAAAGGUGGCAUCCAAAACUUUUUAAAAAAUAAAUCAAUAAAUGAUCAUCCUACCCUUCAAGUACCAAGGCACAAAAAGGAGCACUUUGGUUUGUUUAGAUGUUCAUGGACACCACCUAUAUAA